UCCAUCUAACCGUAACUAAUAAACUAAUAAACCCUAGAUAACAAAAUCCCGUCCUCCGCCCCCGUUCAUGUUUUACCAAUUGCGAAAGAAACCAAUCGGUCGGCGGAUAUUACGAUCUCACCUGUCAAUGGAAACUGUUCCCGUCCUCUGCCCCCGUACAUGCCUCGUCACUCUCACUGCCGAGAUGAAGCCACCCUUGAUCCUCAUCCUCCUAAUUCUUCUCUCCGCGGUCUGGUCACCGCCGGUGACCAUCGCCUCCUCCUACAAAGCAUGGCAUGUACAGUCAUCCCCACCGACAUGCACAUCCUCCCCCGCGUCCCUGGUGUCCUCUCCUCCGGUGAGGUGCUUAAAUGGUUGGCUAGAAAUGCGACGGAGAGGUUGGAUAUUAUAGCGAUGUUCUGGCAGUUAGUGGCAGAGCCUGAAAAUCCCAAAUCGGGGGAUUGUGGGUACUCUGAUGAGCAGAAUCAAAUAGCAAUUGCCUAAGUUACACUGGGUUUUAUACUUUUGUUCUGGAGCAUGGGUUAUAGAAGAAAAGAGAAAGAACCAGAUGCUUCAACAACGCUUAGAUGAGCAGGAGCAACAACAACAUCAACAACAAAUGAUGUCUAACUUAGAGUCACAAGUUACAGCUAUGCACGGAUUUUUUUAGGCAACAAUCUAAUACUUCAUUGACUCCUCAAACUCGAGAACAUGUGCGGGACUAGGUUAUCCAAGAUUAGGAGAGGGGGUAGAUCGAAUCUUCUUUUUGACAAUGUUUAGAGAUGAAAUGAUGUGUCUUUCCCAGACUUUUAUUUUAAUUUGCUUUAAAUAGUUUCACAUAUUUUUCUUAGGAACAAUUGGGAUAUUAACUCUUGUUAUUAGUGUUGAAUAUUUGAAUAUGGUGGAAUUUUAUUUAUUUGUGUUAUUAAUGA